AUGUGUGAAGCUUGUGACCUCAGCCAUUUCUUCCCUCCUAGACAGCUACAUCAGAUACGGACCCAUCCAGUUAUGCAGCCCGGCGCUCACAACGCGGUCAAAGCACGCAAUGCGCUCUAUAACUCUUACAAACCGGGCCGUCUGGUGGAAAUCCUCCGUAACCCGCCGAUGCAGCGACGUCGACGGAAACCGUGCGCAAUGGUAUCUAUGCACUUGCGGGUGGCGAAAAGGCCUGCUUCAUUGAUACGCCUCAAGUUCAUGGUCGUCUUCAUCGGUUCACGAUACGUCACCGUCAGAGUCGGCGUUUUCCGCCACCGCAGCGAGGAUGCUCUGAAGCGAAUAGAUCAGCUGGACAUCGUGGCCAUACUGGAGAAGCCUGCAACGGUUUCGCAUGGAAGGGAAGAUGCAGUAGAGUCGUCGCGGUCAGCCUACUUCCAGCUGUUCCAGCUCAUGGUGAAGUGGCGUUGGCCCGGUGGACUUCCGGCCCGGUGGAGAGGAUGGCGCAACGAGGACUCCACCGAUGCGGACGGAUUGCCUGUUCCUGAACGGCCCGCUCGUCCGUUAUGGAUCUGCACUGCAAGGCUAAAGACGAUCAAGAUUCUAGCGCGCCCAACAGCGGACUUUCGCGAUACGCUUUCGCGAGUUCUGCGCGUUGCACGGUCACCGCAAGACGUCGUUGGGAUGGCAAAUGGGCCGCACUGA